AUGCGAUUAUCAGCGGCUACGUGGUCAAGAGACAACUCCGAGCUGAACUUGGCGCCAGCCGCGCUCCGGGACCGGGAGGCCGCGGACCGCAGCAGCAGCCCCGGGCACGACGCGGAGGCGGGCGGCGGGGCCGUGCCCGGUCGGCCCCGCACCAAGUUCUCGGCCGCGCAGCUGCAGGAGCUGGAGCGGAGCUUCCGCGAGCAGCGCUACAUCGGCCUCAACGAGAAGCGGCGCCUGGCCGCCGCGCUGAACCUCUCCCAGAGCCAGAUAAAAACCUGGUUUCAGAAUCGUCGUAUGAAGUUUAAACGUCAGACUCAGGAUGCCAGGGUGGAAGCUCUUUUUUCAGGCUUAUUUUUGCCCUAUCGUUACCCAGAUAUUGCCACAUCCAGCUAUUCUCAGGGGAUGGAUAUCAAUGCAUCUUCUGCUUCUGCUGUUUCCCUUCACCCAGCUAUGCCAAGCCCUGCCUUGUUGUUACCUUCUGUUCCAGCUCCGUCCCUUCAGCCAGUUUUGCCAAGUCCGGCUUUACUGUUGCCUCCCAGCCCAGGAUUAUCUUGUUACUCUUCUGUAAUUCCAGCAAUGACGCUAACCGAUGACCUUAAAAGACUGAGGUUCCAGCCAUAUCUUCCUUCCUGUUAA